AUGAACGCCACUGAGAAUACACUACUACUAUCAUUUGGUGAAUACCAAGAACAAAUGGUGCAGAACUAUUUGGAAGACAAAGACAAUGCCAUCACGGUUUGCACAGAGGACGAAUCCGAUAUUUCAUCUCCAGUAGAACCCAUCGAAAGCACAAUCGGGGGAGAUCAUGGGUACACUAAGAAUUGUGCCGAUUGGAGCAGUGAAGAAGACUCAAGUGACGAUAGCAGCGAUGAUGACUCACUCCUCGAUACCAGUGAUGAUAGCAGUGAUGAGGACGACCUCUAG